AUGCCCACCUCCUCCCCCACCUCCAUAUUCAGCAACCUAACCUCCACCAUCCUCUUCCUCAUCCGCCUCCCCAUCUUCCUCGCUUACACCCUCCUCUACUUCCUCUUCCUCCACCACUUCCCCCUCCCCGCCGUGGCCCACAAGCUCCUCCUCUGGACCUACCUCUCCAUCCCCGGAAUCUGGUGGGUAGACCUCCAACUCGACGGCGUAAAACGCGGCUCCCUCUCCCAGCAACCCCCCUCCCGCGUCCCCCACCCCGGUUCCCUCAUCGCCGCCAAUUUCACCUCCCCCGUCGACGCCCUCUACCUCGCCGCCGUCUUCGACCCCAUCUUUGUCGUCUCCUACCCCCACUCCCGAAAAGUCCAACGCAUCUCGCUCAUCGCAGCAAUAAUCAAUGCCUUGUCCCCCGCCCCCUUGUCCCCUCCUCCGGGAAGUAGUCUCACCGACCUGAGGACGAUCAUCGAGAAGAAUCCCAACAGGGUUGUUGCCAUCUUUCCGGAAUCGGGCACGACGAAUGGAAAGGGGAUUCUGCCGUUGAGCCCGGCCUUGUUGACUGUGCCGGCUGAGGCAAAGAUCUUCCCUGUCAGUAUGAGGUAUACGCCACCUGAUAUUACGACGCCCGUGCCUGGAACUUGGAUCCAGUUUUUGUGGAAGCUGCUGGGGCGGCCGACGCAUUAUAUUAGGGUCAGGAUUGCGGAGGGGAUGGUGAAUACCACCAAGGCCGUCAAUGGGGUUUCAAGCCAGGAGGAGAGCACGCCCAGUGGGGAGGACGGGGUGACGGUGGAGGAGCAGAAGCUGCUGGACAAUGUCGCGGAGGCCUUGGCUAGGUUAGGGAGGGCGAAGAGGGUGGGCUUGACGUUGAAGGAGAAGGAUGCCUUUGUUGAGGCUUGGAAUAAGAGGAGAAGGUAG